AUGAUGACCACCAUCCAAUAUCCAAAUCGCGCACUAGAAGACGAAACGCUGCUAGCAACCUACCUGCUCACUUUGUAUGAAGUCUUCGUAGGCAUUACCAGCGGUCAUGGCUUUUUCUACCACGUGCAAGGCCUGCUGCAUCUAUUGAAGCAACGCGGACCAGAGUCCUUCGGCAACCGACUCAAUAUGCAGAUUUUCCACGCGAUACGGUACAACUCUUUAAGCAUCGGCUACCACGUGCGAAAAGGCUCAAUGCUCGACACAGAUGAAUGGAUGGCCGUGACCGCAAAAGUCGCAAAAGUCGAUCCCUACGUCGCACUGAUAGACAUCUGCAUCCGGAUACCGCGCCUCUUGGAGCGAACCGACAAGCUCGCAGCUGGCGACCAAGAAGCCGCAGACAAGCUCAUCGAAGAUUCUCUAGCACUCGCCAACCAGGCCAAGCAGUGGUUUGCCAAUUUCGAGAAGCACGGCCCUAGGUACACAUCCGUCGAUGUCGACGAGUUCGCGGGCUUCCAGGACAUAUGUCCCGACCGGACCUUCGACACAGCGUACAAUUUCUACGCAUUUGGCGCUGGAAUUUGCUACAUGAUCUACUGGAUGUCCCUCCUCAUUCUGCAAUCUAACACCUUCAAGCUUCUACGUCAGCACCGCGCGCUUCUCCCAAAAGACAUGUAUCUAUGGGAUCGCGAAAUGGGUAGCUACGCGGACAGCAGCUGUCGCUGCGUGCCGUACAAUUGUCGCACGGAUGUCGGGUAUGUGGGGCGGUUUGGCAGCUUGACGCCGCUGGUGGUAGCAAGGAAGUACUUUGAGGCGAAGAAGAUGGAAAAGGAGAUUGGGUGGUGUGAGAAGGCAGACGACAUUACUCUCUAUAAGCACUCCAUCGAGAAGACUUUUUAG